CUUAUACAUUUCUAAGGGUUUUUUCUAGAAAAUUUCUGAGAUCAAAUUAAAAAUGUCAGUUUUUUGGCGGACAUUUCCUCCUUUCUUUUUUAAUGUCCCUGAUAAAAAGCUCUUUAUGUGUUGAUUUUGUAAUGUUUUCUCUUUAAACAUCAACUGGGCUCAUUUGGUUCCGCUUAUCUUCCAUGUUGCCCGCAGCAGAAAAUAAACGCAAAGUUUUCCACGCGUGUAUGUGACGAACCAGAACAUCCAGCAGCGUGACCAGUGGUCAUAAUGUUUUGCCUGAUCGGCGCAGGUUUAAGUUUCGUUUUCAGGGAAGCGAAGAAGAACGAAAGUAUCGCAGCUGAUGCUGACGGACCGACACAGAACCAGCUGAUCCGACAAAAUCGGCUGAUGGUUGUCUGGUUCCGAACCUCCAACAGAACCGAACAGAUAAAGUUCCGCUCCGAUGUCUUUUUUUGGGACAAUCGAGAAUUUUUUUAGACUGAGCAUUCUGGAUCGCAGGGAGUUCGGCACAUUAGAGGGCAGCACAAACAGCCACAGCAUGUCCAAGUAGAUUUAAGCUCCGACUUUGACUAGGCCACUGGUUCUUUUCAGAGAGAUGAGAGGCCUCAGUAACUAUUAUCUGUCCUGCUGUGUCAACACUUUGCUGCAGACCCUCAACGCCACCUGGGAACUGGCAGACAUUUUGGAAAAGUGGAAAUCCGGCUGUGUGGGAGCAGAAGAUAAUGUUCCCUUCCAGCUAAAGCGAGUCCUGAAGAUGAUGCAGGAAGAUCUUCCUCUUCCCGCUCCUCAUCAGGACUUCCUCCGCUGCUUGGACAGAAACAGCAUCCGGCUGAGAGUGCAGCACGACGCAGACGAAGUUUUCUUCUCCAUUCUGGAUUUAAUUCAGCAGCAAAUGGAUGACCGAACUCUGGCUCUUGAAAUCCAGAGUUUGUAUAAGAUUUCAGUGGAAACACAGGUGCAAUGUUUGGAGUGUAACAACGUUCAAACGCGGAACAGUCACCUGCUCAGCCUGCCGCUACACAUAAAGGAAGACCGAAACUCUCUGAAGGACUGCAUGAUCUCCUUCUUCGAGCAGCAGGAGCUGCGGGGAAUUGACUGCUGCUUUUGUGCCCAGUGUGAAGCCAAGACGCCAACCAAACAGGGUGUCAAGCUUUGCUCUCUGCCUCAAAUCUUGUGCAUACAAUUGAAACGCUUCAGGAACAGACAUGGAUUCACCAUAAAACUCAACUGUAGAGUCACUUUCCCAGAAACAUUCAACUUCUCUGAGUUUCAGAGAGAAACUUUCUCUUCAGACUUUACACAGAAUGACUGCAGGUAUACUUUAUAUGCUGUGGUCGUGCAUUAUGGCAAUGCAAUGUGUGGACAUUACACCGCUUAUGUCCGCCACAGAGUGAGCAACUGCUGGUUUUAUGCAGAUGACAGCCGUGUUUCUCAAUCCUCUUGGGAAGAUGUGCAGAAAACUGAUGGCCAUCUCUACAGAGGGACUGCUUAUAUGCUAAUGUACAGAAAAGAUCCAAAAGAAGACAACCAACAACCGGAUCUGUCCGGCUGAAGCAAUAGAAGAAGAAAAGUUGAUGAUGCAGCAUAGGAAAUUAUAAAUUAUUUACAAAUGGUUUGUGGUGUUUUAUUAUCUUUGGUGACAGAUUAUAUUUGUUAAAUAUUGUUAACCAUUUAAGGAAGCUUGACAGGAUUGUAAACACACCAGCAUCUUGAGAGAAAGGCCAGAAGGUGGCGCUCCAGCAUUAAAGUUUGUGCCAUCCAGAGUACAGUGGAGAUUUUAAAGGAACUUCAGCAAUAAGACUCAUUUUGAUGUUUGAAGGGUAUUUGAAACGUAAUCAAUUGCAAAUUUAUUGACGGAAUCUGACUUGAUGUUGUGUUUUUGUUGUUGAUUCUAUGUUGCAUUGUGUUUUUGUGUUUGAUUUGAUGUAAAGCACUUUGAAAUGCCUUGCUGCUGAAAUGUGCUAUACAAAUAAAGUUUGAUUGAUUGAUUGACAAUAUGCGCUUUUUAAAAUGAAUUAGUAUUUAAAUUUCUCUUGAUCACAUAAGCUUUAUUUUAACCAGUAUUGUGAAAAUGAUUGAUUAUGAAACUUUUUGAAAGAAGUUAUUGAUGAGAGAUGAAACAGUGAACUUCACAAAAACCGGUGCUUUUUCACCUUUUAUUAACUUACCUUAUUAACUUUAUUGGGUAAAAGUAAAUAUUAGUCUGUCCCCUAUUUUAUUGUUGGAAAUCUCAGCUGCUUGAAAAUGACAUGAAGACUGUAAUAUGCAGUAGAUUUUUCUUUUUAUUCUGCUUUUGUUUCUUUUGGGGUUCCUCAGGGAUCUGUAUUGGGUUCCCUGCUUUACUUUUUCUACAUGCUUUCUCUUGGGUCUGUUAUUUCAUCACUCUGUGAUUAAUAUUCAGAUCAAUUUACAGAAUUAAUGUUGGAAUAAAAUCCAUGCUGACAUGAACAAAAA